AUGGGGAGAGCCUUGCAGCAGUGGGGGCGUGCGGCCACCUCUGUGCCUGCACCUCUCGACAGACGCCCAGGAUUUAGAGGGCAUAAUCCUUUUUGCUCCCCCUGGCACCCACAAACUGUGCAAGCUGCUCCGGGAUCACGUGGCAGGGGCUGGGGGACAGGUGGCUUCGGUAGACCGUGGAGUUGGGGGUGGCUGGGUGCCCCCUGCCCCACCGUCUCCCCAGCAUCCUGCACGGCCCUGGGUGGGGUUCACAGCGCCAUCUUGUGCCUUUCCCUAGUGCCCGAGAUUGUGCGGGAGACCCAGGACCUCAUUGAGCAGGGGGCGCUCUUGGAAGCCCACCGGAAGCUGAUGGACCUGGAGUGCUCCCGGGACGGGCUGAUGUACGAGCAGUAUCGCACGGACAGUGGGAACACUCGCGACAUGACCCUCAUCCACGGUUACUUCGGGAGCACGCAGGGACUGUCCGAUGAGCUGGCCAAGCAGCUGUGGAUGGUGCUGCAGAGGUCACUGGUCACCGUCCGCCGUGACCCUACCUUGCUGGUGUCAGUUGUCAGGAUCAUCGAGAGGGAAGAAAAGAUUGACAGGCGCAUACUCGACCGAAAAAAGCAAACUGGCUUUGUCCCUCCCGGGAGGCCCAAGAAUUGGAAGGAGAAGAUGUUCGCCAUCCUGGACAGGACCGUGACUACCAGGAUCGAGGGCACGCAGGCAGACACCAGGGAGUCAGACAAGAUGUGGCUCGUCCGCCACCUGGAAAUCAUCAGGAAGUACGUCCUGGACGACCUCAUUGUCGCCAAAACGCUGAUGGUUCAGUGCUUCCCGCCCCAGUACGACAUCUUCAGGAGACUCCUAGGCAUGUACCACCAGGCCCUGAGCACACGGAUGCAGGAGCUCGCGUCGGAAGAUCUGGAAGCAAACGAGAUCGUGAGCCUGCUGACGUGGGUUUUAAACACCUACACCAGCACAGAGAUGAUGGGGAACGCGGACCUGGCCCCGGAGGUGGAUGUCGGCGCCCUGCAACCUCUGCUUUCUCCAAAUGUGGUCUCUGAGCUGCUGGACACGUACAUGUCGACUCUCACUUCAAACAUCAUUGCCUGGCUGCGGAAAGCUCUAGAAACAGAUAAAAAAGACUGGGUAAAAGAGACCGAGCCCGAAGCCGACCAAGAUGGGUACUACCAGACAACACUCCCGGCCAUCGUCUUCCAGAUGUUCGAGCAGAAUCUCCAAGUUGCUGCUCAGAUAAGUGAAGAUCUGAAAACAAAGGUACUAGUUCUGUGUCUUCAGCAAAUGAGCUCUUUCUUAAGUAGGUACAGAGAGGAAACCCAGCUGUACAAGGAGGAGCACCUGCGGGACCGGCAGCACCCGCCUUGCUAUGUGCAGUACAUGGUCGCCAUCAUCAACAACUGCCAGACCUUCAGGGAGUCUGUCGUCAGUUUGAAAAGGAAGUACUUGAAGAGCAGCGGGGAGGAGGAGGUGUCCCUGAGCCAGCCCAGUAUGGACGGGGUGCUGGACACCAUCGCAGACGAGGGCUGCCGCAGCCUGCUGGAGGAGGUCUUUCUGGACCUGGAGGUGGGGCGCCUGUACCCUGGCCACGCUCAGGCUCGUGGCCUUCUGUGACUGUGGUUCUGCGUUACAGCUGACUAGGGGCUCCCGGUAAAUCUGGUGGCUACAGUGGAGUCUCAGGUGUCAAGGGAAGAGGCUGCACUCCUAGUGCAUCCUGGUGCAGGCCUGAUGCGGGCCUGGCACGCACAUCGCCCAGACCAGGCUUAGUUCUGAAUAAAGAUACAAACCAAAGUCAUUAACAAAAUACAGUUAGCAUCGUGUCAGAGGCACAAUACACCGUGAAUAAAUAGGGCUUAUUUCAGAGCUGUGGAGAUGGUUCCGCAUUUUAUAGAUGUGUUGGCAGAAAGCAGAAUAUGUUUAAAGAAUAAAGCCAUGGUUUAUCUCGGGUCCCCUGGGAAGGAGCUCCUGGAUGAUGGGUGGGAUCGUUUCAUGGUGUCUGCAGCUUCCUUGAAAAUGGUUUGGAAAACAAAUGAAAUGUAUGCAUUUGUGAAAUUAUUUCAAAAUAUAAAAAAUAGAAAAGUAGACAAAGAAUGUGAAUAACUGCUUCACAGGAAAAGGAUCAUAGAUGUCCUAAGUAUGAAACACGAUGCCCACAAUGUUACUGCUCUUCAGAGACGGGCACAUUAAAACUGUCCUUCGUAGCUCAGCAGGUGUCAUCGGGGGCGCGUGAGAAGAGCUGCCGUGUUCUCUGUAGAACUGACCCGUGCAGGUUUGGGGGCGGCUUAGAAACACUGAAUCAAGGUUUAGUCUGCAUACUCUUGGAGCGGUUUUCCCUGUAGGAAUUUCACCUGCAGAAAUGCAUAAGUUCACUGCAGCAUUCUCUAUAAUUGCAAGAUGUGAGAAAUUGUAAAUGUCUGUCAGAAUUGGGUAAAAAGAUUAUAGAAUGUCCGUGUG